GUCGAGGAAGAGAGAGCGGGUAAGGAAGGUCCCUGGGGCACUGGACAGGAUACUUUACAUACUCAAGCUAGUUCUGUGCGGACAAUCAUCAUGAAUCAAUGUGGCUGAUUGUUAUUACUUGAAUCAUUCCCUCUUCAAGCUGAAGUUUACGCUUUCCUCUUAAAGUUGGCUUCCAUUAGUUUGGAGUCAUCUGGCACGUCGACAACGCCAUGCGCAGUGACUGCGUAAGCUUCAAACAAGAUGAAGACCUCUUAUCUCCCCUUUCGAAGGCUUCCACUGACAGGAUACGGGCCAAGCAGAUGAAAGGUCGAGACACAUGUCUCUCCGUGACAUGUUCUAGUCCAACGUUCACUUGUUUCAACACUUUCUGGGUGUGGAUGUAUGGCCGCUAUGGCGGGACCUAUGUCGUUGAUAUGACGAUGCGACUGCUCGCUGGGCCUUAUGCCCGAUCUGAAGUUGCGGAUUUGGCCAACACAAAGCGCGUCAUGAUUAGAUUUUCUUUUCAUCAGAAGAACGAUGGAGUAUACUCAUGGUUAUUACGACGAUGUGGGUGUGAACGGGGGCAUCCUACCGGUCUGUUAAGCUUAUGUCAAUACUUGUGUACGCCGGCAGAGCAGUUUGGAUCGACACGGCGCAGCAAUCGCACUGUGAAUCUUAGCGUGUACUAUGGAAUGGAUGUACCAUUGGACUUGUUCGAACGAGUGUCUAGGAACGUUGCUCCGACUCUCGAAGCCGAAAAUGAUUUCAGGUGCAACUAUCGGAGAUAUCUUGGGCACACUGGCAGUUGAAGUCGUUUUCCUAUGAUUCUGACGGCUGUCGGACACCCAUUGACUAACUGAUGGUCUCGGCCUGUUCUGAUUUGCCUGG